UCUUCUCUACCAACUCCUAGCUAGGGUAUCUCAGUGCGCUCUACAUGCAUGUCAACUUUGUUGCUAAUCAUUAUAUUGACCCCAUUCGAAGCUUGGCAUCUCCUAACUGGCAGUGUUGUUUCCGCGUGAUUUGCUUUGGUAUUUGCUUAAGAAUGCACCUGUGUUCAAGCCUGCUACCGGCGGGCAGGUUCAUAUAUAGCUCCGUUCCGUCUUCAGCGAAGACAAGGGCCAGAUAACCUCUGUUUAUCAUCGUCAAGCAAAGGGAACUUAAGCAAGCUGUUUGCGGACCCAAACUUCACCAAGUUAUCUCUGGUCGAUUCUCGGUUUUCGUUCAGAUGGCCGCUGAACUGAUGAACCGUUCCCGUAGCUUGGCCGAAGGAGCUGUGGUCAUGGUUUGCCCAGUGCUUCUAGCACUCUCUCUUGACAAGGUCGACCUCAAAGUGUAUGGGCGCCCUGCUUUCUUCGCCAUGCUUGCCAUGGCCGGUAUCACUUUAAUAACCGCUAUCUGCCCCUUGCUCGUGUGCUGCUUCUCCAAGAGGUUCCCGAACAUGGGUAACAUCGAGCCUGCCCCGGUGACGGCGGGCCUGGCAACCCUCUCAUCUUCUUGCCUCCUCAUCCUCGCCUGCUUCAUCGCGCAGCUCGUUGUCUCCAAACAAGUUUUAAUCGCCGUGGGCGUCCUAUGUGGAGCCUUCAUCCUAGUUCGAGCGGUCUCGUACUGCCUCGGCGGAAAUGGUGACCCGUAUUCACUGGAUCUGCACAAGGUACUGGAUGAAUCGCAUGAGUUCUUGACGGGCGUCACUGGAAUCAUCUUUCUGGGGCUUGAAGGUUUGGCACUGGAAGGUCAUGAGAAUCAGAUGGUUCAGAAGGCCGGGCCUGUGGGCACCAUCAGCUUCAUAGUUUGCGCACUUGGUGUGUGCAUGAUGUACCUCGAGAUGAUCCCCCCUUUAUACUUCGAGGAAAGGGGAGAGGGAGAGAUUGUGUGUUUAACUCUAAUGCUCGACAGCAUCAUGGCUGGUGGUACCUUCACGGUGUUGAUGGUUGUCAUGUUUAAGCUCAUGGGUCCUCCAGCCCUGAUGCUCUUCGCACCUCCAGUAUUGAUAAUCGUCGAACUUGCGUAUCAAAUCGCCGUCGAUCGGAGAUCCCUUCUCGCCGACCAAGCACCCGGCGCUGUCCAAGCGUCCACAACGGCUUCGUUGGAACUGACAAGAGUCACCUUCACUGGAUUCUUGGCUGUGUCGAUAACAGCCAUCCGCAACACUUCGCCCAGCAUGUUGACCAGUUGUUUCCUACUAUUUGCGGCAUCGGCUAUUGUGUUUGGUCUCUCAUGGAGGCUCCUGUCACAGACCCAGAUAACGAACCGUCUGGCCCAUCGUGCUUUAUCGGAUCUUGUUGCUUCCUCUGCUGACCUAGCUUCCUUGUGCACACAUUUCUGCAUUGUAAUCACUACGAUUCUAUUCCUAGCAAUGGCUGGGACAGCCAGAGGAAAAUGAUGCCCAGUAGUGAAGCACUACGUGUGAUAUUUCCUCUUACAAAAUUUGUUAGUUGCACCUGCGCUCAUGUGUUAUAAGUUCUAACAUGUUUGUUCUAUAUCUAUAAUAUCUGGUUCAGUUUUUCUUGUAAAUACAUACAAUUAGUUGGCUAUCAUUUAAUGGUCUUCCAAUCUGU